AUCAUUCAAAACUUCACGUUUGAUCACAAGCUGUUUUCCCCCCCCAACAGCCUUUAUAUCUUUUUGUUGUUUUUGUUUUUAAUAUUGCAUGUUUGAGUGACAUUGUUGGUCGUGUGUAACCUUGGAGCGUGUGUGUGGGGGGGAUGGGCGCAUGUGAUUGGGUAACCAUUGACACGUUCGACGGAAUUGUUGUUGGGUGGUUUUGUCUAGUUUUCCAACAUUUUGGCGUUUUUGUGAUGUCAAAGUAGCUAUUGAAUAGAAUAUUCUGGUGUUGGUGAUGGCAGUUGUUUAGCAACACAGCGAAAUGUUUUAUCAGGCGUAAAAUAGAUUAGAAGUAGUUCCAAGAUGGUGAUUUUAAAAACUGCUGCGUCAUCUUGUUAUGUGUGCCCACCCUGUCUUUGAAUUACGCUUCUACUUUCAUGAUGAAAGUCGCGUUAAUCGCCACUUUAUUCUUUUUUUGAAACGAUGUCGUGACGCACGUUUAACAGUUUUUGCUAGUCUAACUCUUUGUUCGCAGUGUUCGACGGUAUUUGGUCCUUUUGUGUCUUUUAACUUCUACAAAACACGGCUGUCGAUGCAGUUUCGGUUCGCUUGUGACACGCAGAGUUUGUUUGAAGGUGUCUUUGGAAAGUUUAAUUGGGAUACCUGAGCGUAAUUCGAUGAUUUAACCUCUCGUCGUCGUGCUUAAAGAUGGCGACCGGCGCCCCUCAGCAACUGAUCUUCUGGUAAGUGGGGAGAGGCCCGAAGCUCUUUGAUUUGCUCGUCAUCCCGCGGCUUGACCAAUAGUAUUGCAGAUGAACGCACUGAAAGCCCGCGUUGCUUGCGCCUUGGCCAAUCGCAGCCUUCGUUGACGUAAUUUUAAGACCUUCAAGUUUAGAGGCGCUUGGAACGUCCUUGCAAAAUGUCCUAGUGCUCUCGUUCACAAAGAAGUGUACACAUAAUUUUGAAGAAGAAAAACAAGCAGGAGCGAUUAAACGUUUUUGUGCGACUCGCCCUACAAGUCAAGGAAGUGCUUUGAAUGUUUUCGUCUUCAAAGUCUUCACAAGCCGUUUCAGGGUGCGGUGACGUUGACUGACAACGCGAAGAGCCAAUCGCGACUCAAAGGGCGGGGACGUUUUCAGCACGCGUGGCCAAUAGGGUGCGUCGUGGGCCUAUAAAGGAGUUGGCGUAACUAGUCAAGCGCCAUUUCCACGAAGCGGGAGGAGGGUCACGUCGCCACUGGAGGGAGUCGAUACAGAGGAGGGGAAAAAAAACAAAACAAAAAAAAACGGGAAGCGGCACGGAACCGGAUGCUGGUUUGAGUGUAACAAAACCCAAUCCGGAUCCAUCCUGAUGGAUAUGGCCAUUAACCCGCUGAUUGACAGGUAUCUACUGGUAAACUUGACCUUAUGCUUCACAUCGGAGGCGAUAUUUUGCAACUUUUGUCACGAAUAUUUUAUUUUGACGAGAUGUCGCCGAUGCCGGCGUUCUCUCUCUCUCUCUCUCUCGUUCUCUCUCUCUAUGUGUUUGUGUUACGCACGGAGAAAUUGACUCUCACACGGGGAAUGUUGCCUCUUUGAUAGGGCUCGGACGCGGACUUAAUUCCUAAAAUGUGUGCGAAGUGUCAGUUGUGCUGGCCGGCGCCAUGUUCGCAGCGCCGCUGCUAGCCUUGUUAGUUAGCAAUAGCGCGCAGUAAUCUUGCACUGUAAUCACUCGUCACUAUUGUGACCCAUAUGUUCCGGUUCCAACGCGCGGAACUGUCCUGGUGGCGUUUGACGCAACGACAAGUUCAAAACGUCCGUGUUUAUGCCCCGUCGCCGGUGUUUCGUUUGCUUCAACCGGUAAACGUUUACGUGUGAAGCUAAUGAUGCUACUAAACCGCCACCGGACUGGUUUGUGUGGUCUGUUGCCACGGUUACAGCGCCCAGUGUCACUCAAACUACAUUAAGAUGAAACGCAGUUACUUUUAUUUUACUACUACCAAUAUGUCGUUAACAUAUCAGAAUAGGUACCGAAGUAAUUUUUGUAAGGUCUUGGAUAAAAAAAUAAUAAUAAUUGCCUCCCGCAGAUUACCAUGACCUGGAUGCCUGAGAAUCUACACAAACAAUUUUUAGCGAGCUAUUUUUUGUUUGUUUGCUUGUUGACAUUGUGAAACUCCCACGGUGGGCUAGAUGUUGGCCUAAUGGGGCUCACGGCACUGGACCAAGGUUCCAGCACAGCUGGAAAAAGGAUCCGGAAACCGUCCCUGCUCUACGAGGGCUUUGAAAGCCCCGGGAUGCCCCCCCACAGCCAGAACGCGGCCCCUGGCCUCCCACAGUCCCUGGUAAAAGACUCUGGCCGACGGGGUAAGAUGACCAACCAGCUGCAGUUCCUGCAGAAGGUCUUGCUCAAGUCGUUGUGGCGUCACCACUUUGCUUGGCCCUUCCAUGAGCCCGUGGACGCCGCUAAGCUCAACUUGCCCGAUUAUCACAAGAUCAUCAAGAUCCCGAUGGACUUGGGCACCAUCAAGAGGAGGCUAGAGAGUAACUACUACUACAGCGCCAGUGAAUGCAUGCAGGACUUCAACACCAUGUUUACCAACUGCUACAUUUACAACAAGCCGUCUGAUGACAUCGUUUUGAUGGCCCAAUCCCUGGAGAAAGCCUUUCUGCAGAAGGUGGCUCAGAUGCCCCCCGAGGAGGUGGAUCUGAGCCCCCCCCCUCCGCGCAGCAGAACGACCAAAUUGGGCAAGAGGGGCCGAGGAAUUACGGUCUCCGGAGGCAUCACCACCGCCCACCAGGUGCCCGCUGUUUCCCAGUCGGCUUACUCGCCGCCCACCCCGGAGACCCCCGAAUCUAUCCUCUCCGUGCUGCCGCAGACCAUCAUGGCCAAGAGUCUGGCCCUCACUCUGCCCAACGAGCACGGCAUCCCCACCAUGACCGGCCUGCCUCCCACGCAGCCCACCACCAAGAAAAAAGGCGUGAAGAGGAAAGCUGACACAACCACCCCGACGACGGUGGCCAUGCCCAUCAUGACCUCCAUGGGCGUGAGCGGCAUGGGCUUGGGUCUGGGCAGAGGGCACGACUCCCCGCUCAACCUCACCGCGCUCGGGGUGGAGCACGACUCCGGCCUGAGCCUCGGCCAAGGUCUAGGCCUGAGCCUCGGUCUGGGUCUGGGUCUCAACCAGGGACUGGGCAUGAACGUGGACCACGGGCAGGUCAUGCUGGGCGGCAAAGCGCCCGGCGGGUGCAGGAGAGGUGUGAGCGGGCGUCCUAUCAAGCCCCCCAAGAAGGACUUGCCCGACUCCAUCUUGCCGACCCCGGUGCGUCGCAGCAAGCUGACGCCGCAGCUGCGCUAUUGCAGCGGUGUCCUGAAGGAACUUCUAUCCAAGAAGCACGCCGCCUACGCCUGGCCCUUCUACAAGCCCGUGGACGCUUCCUCGCUGGGUCUCCACGACUACCAUGACAUCAUCAAGCAGCCCAUGGACCUCAGCACUAUCAAGAGGAAGAUGGACAGCAGAGAGUACGUUGACGCUCAGCAGUUCUCUGCGGACGUCAGGCUGAUGUUCUCCAACUGCUACAAGUACAACCCCCCCGAUCACGACGUGGUGGCCAUGGCUCGGAAGCUCCAGGACGUGUUCGAGUUCUGCUUUGCCAAGAUGCCCGACGAGCAGCCGGCGGCCCCGAGCUCCUCGUCGUCCUCGUCGUCCUCGUCCUCCUCUUCGUCCGAGAGCGAGCUGAGCAGUGAGGAGAGCGAGAGCGAGAGCAGCCCCAGCUCGGACUCGGAGGAGGAGCGAGCCAACCGCCUGGCUGAGCUGCAGGAGCAGCUGAAAGCCGUCCACGAGCAGCUCACGGCCCUCUCUCAGGGCCCCAUCGUGAAACCCAAGAAGAAGAAAGAAAAGAAGGACAAGAAGAAGAAGAGGAGGAAAAGCGAGAAGCAUCAGAAGAUCGAAGAAGAGCUGCUCCCCAUCCGGCCGACCAAACCGCCCAAAGCUACCAAAACGCCAAAAAGCAAGAGCAACAAGGCGAUGGGCAUGAUGCCAAUCAAGAAGGCCACCAGCAAGAAAAACAACAAAAGCAAGUCCAAAAAGGGAGGCAUGAUGUUCAGCAUGCCGCCAGCCGUCGCGGAGCCCAUAAUUCCUCACUUUGACUCCGACGAGGAGGAGGAGACGGCGCCCAUGUCGUACGACGAAAAGCGCCAGCUCAGCCUGGACAUCAACAAGCUGCCCGGUGAGAAGUUGGGCCGCGUGGUCUAUAUCAUCCAGUCGCGAGAGCCCUCCCUCCGAGACACCAACCCCGAGGAGAUCGAGAUCGACUUCGAGACGCUCAAGCCGUCCACGCUGCGAGAGCUUGAGCGUUACGUCAUGACGUGCCUGAGGAAGAAGCCGCGCAAGCCUUACGCCAUCAAGAACAGCGCUGGAAAGUCACGUGAAGAGUUGGCGCUGGAGAAACAACUCGAGCUGGAGAGACGGCUGAUGGAUGUCAGCGGGCAGCUCAACUCUGGGAAGAAGCCCACCAAAGCCAAGCUGGAGAAACCAACCACCGAGUCGAGCGCUCAGCCGUCACGUCUCAGCGCCAGCAGCUCCUCAUCGGACUCGUCCUCAUCUUCCUCAUCCUCGUCAUCCUCCGACACCAGCGAGUCCGACUCUGGCUGAGAUGCAGACAACCCCCUCCCUUUUUUUUUUUUUUUUUUUUAUUUGAAUUUUUAUUUUUAUAAUUUUUUUAAACGGGGUCUGUUCUGUGACCCCCACCCCGGUGCGCCACUCCCCGUUGGACCGGACCAGAACGGGCGGUCCGGCCGAGAGAGGCGGCGCCUUCCCUGGGGCAGCGUGAGGGGGGCCGAAGGCGACUCGUUUCGGGUCCGGGAAUAUGGCCGAGCUAGGCAGGCUUCAUCGGGGGGAAAUGCGUUGCAUGUGUCUGGGGGGAGUUUGGGUGCUAGAACCAGAGUCCAAGUUUAACUUCUGGAGAUUAUUUUCCCUUCUUACUGUGCUCGCUGUCUUGACGGUGUGUGUAGAUGUUCUGUACAGUUAUAGAACUCAUUUUCUUUUAUAAAGAAGCAUUUUACUUCUUCCCCCUGUGGGAACCGUCAACUUUGUGUGUAUUGGCUUUUCAAAGACAAACGUGUGUGUGCGGCCUGCUGAAGUUCAAUAGUUUUGACGCAGGCGUUGAAAAGUGGGCGCGUACUCGCACGUGGCGUGGCGCUCCACCCGUGUGAAGUGUUUUGAUUAAGUCGAAAGUUGAUUUCGCCUACCUACUGUUUUUGUUUUCCCCUCCUUUCCACCGUUACUCUGUACACUCGUUUGCUCCUUGUGACCAAUUUGCUAAUAAAAACAAAAGCUGCGAGGGCA